ACCUGUUUGUACCUCACUACUCGCCGUAGGUAACCAGGAAGUAGCGCCGUAACCAAGUGGAUCGCUUCUCUUAUGGUGUUUUGUUUAAGCGUCCGCUGUCGUUAACUGCUUUCUUCUUAACUACAGUUUUUGUUUUCAUAUUAAUCAUUUGAAUCAGGACAGCACCAGAAGCUAAACGCUUCAGUGCGGUAAAUUCAAAAGCUUUCAGCGGAAAUUCUCAAACAAGCAGAGCCUAUUUUACGUCUUUUGCAGUGCCAGCGAUUACAGUCAAGGUCUAUCAUAAAGGUCCGGUUAGAAAUCAAGCUUCAGAACUAAACUCUUCGACUGUCACUCCAUGGCUUUACCGACGCUUUCAGCGCAUUGGCCGGGUCGUGUGCGGGCUCUGGAGAGGCAGCUGGUGCGGCAGCGGGAGCAGGAGGCUCGCUGGAGGCAGCAGUGGGAGCUGCAUUCUCAGUACUUCAGAGAGCAGGAGGUCCGCAGCAGCAAACAGGCGCAAUGGAGCUCACGGCAGUCCUUCCAGCGCAGUAUGUCAGCAUUUCAGCGGGAGCGAAUGGAGGAGGAGAAGCGGCGGAAACUGGAGGAACGCAGGGAGCGUCUGAGGUUAAUGCUCCAGGAAGAGAGAGACCAGUUGGAGGCCGAGCUCAGAAAUGUUCGCCCAGACAGAGCCACACUGACCAGACAGCUAGAGGGAAAAACAGAUGCCCUCCGGUCUGCCAGAGAAGAGAGGAGGAAAAAUCUUGCACAGGAGCUGCUGAGGGAACACUGGAAGCAGAACAACCCAGGACUGCGGAAGGUGGAGUCAGAGUUGCACAAAGAUCAUGUUGUGAGCCAGUGGGAGGUUCAACAUCAGGAGAAAAGACAGGCUGAUGAGAGAACUCAGGAGGAGAAACGGCAUUUUGAGAAUGAGUAUGAGAGGACAAGACGUGAGGCUCUGGAAAGAAUGAAAGAAGAAGAGGAGAAGAGAAAACAAGAGGAAAAAAAUCGAGCUGAAGAUCUCCGUAAACAGAUGGAGGAGCUCAAACUACGGGAACAGGAAGCUGAGCGUCUUAAGCAGGAACAGGAGGCUCUAAUGUCUCAACGCUGGGAGCUUGAGAAGCUAGAGGAUGAGAGGAAGAGGAUGGAAGUCUUGACAGGACGUCAACAGCAGUUGGAGGAACGAAUGAAGGAGAACAGGCUGGCAAGGGAGGAGUCUCUGCAGAGGAGAGAAGAGCUCAUCCAGCAGCUGGAACAAGAGAGACUCACCCUACGCCAGGAGAGGGAGCAGCAGGAGGGAGCCCGCACAGCUCGCAUGCAGGAGAUCAAUGCACAGGUGGAGCACAGACGCAAGGAACAGUGGGAGGAGCAGCAACAACAAGAGCAAGAAGAAUUACAAGAGAGGGAGGAGCGUAGACAGCAGGAGGAGGAACUUCGUUUUGAGACCGAGAGAAUGAUUGGACAGGGCUACAAGGAGAGAAUACACAGCAGACCCCGGUCAGCAUGGACGUGAGAGCACUUCACAGGAAGAGUCUUUGUGCCACAUCCCCUAUCAGAUGCAUUGUUUUUCAUUAAGAAUUGGGGAUAUCCAUGUCCAUGUUGAUCUCGGCCACUUUGUGGUUAAAUGAUAACCAGGUUCCCCCUCAGAGAUGCUUUUAAUAUACGUUUAUGAUUUACAUUAUGGUUUCCAUAAAUGAUUAUAUAGGUACGUUUUAAACCUCAAAUUUCCAUUGCACUAGUGCUGAGGUUUGCAUGUUCAGUAGGUCUGUUUUUAUA